CCAUGGGCACGGAGCGGGGCGGGCUGGGCAGCCUGACCGUGUUCAGCAGGGAGGAUUUCGAGGAUGAGUGGCUGCGAGUGGCCAGCGGGGGCUUUGGCCACGUGUACCAGGUGAAGCACAGGAGGUGGAGGACGGUCUACGCCGUGAAGUGCUCCCCGUACCUGCUGCAGGACUCCAGCAUGGACAGGACCAGCAUGAACUGUCUAAUGGAGGAGGCCAGCAAGAUGGAGAAAAUCAAAUUCCAGCACAUUGUCACCAUCUACGGGGUGUGCAACAGCCCCCUGGGGAUAGUGAUGGAAUACAUGGCCAGGGGCUCCUUGGAGAGAAUCCUCCCCACCCACAGGAUGUCCUGGCAGCUGAAAUUCAGGGUGAUCCAUGAGAUGGGCUUGGCCAUGAAUUUCCUGCACAGCAUGAGCCCUCCCCUGCUGCACCUGGAUCUGAAGCCAGGGAAUGUCCUCCUGGAUGGGAACAUGCACGUCAAGAUCUCCGACUUUGGGCUGUCCAAGUGGAUGGAGCAGUCCAGCAGGAUGCAGUACAUCGAGAGCUCAGCUCUGAGGGGCACCCUGAGCUACAUCCCCCCCGAAAUGUUCCUGCAGAACAGCAAGCCCCCGGGGAUCAAGUACGAUGUGUACAGCUUCGGCAUUGUCAUCUGGGAGGUGCUCAUGCAGAAAAAGCCUUACACAGGGGCCAACAUGAUGGCCAUCAUCGUGAAGGUGGCGGCGGGGAAGAGGCCGGGGCUGGAGCUCGUCAGGGACGACUGGCCCGGGGAGUGCCACCAGAUGGUGGACCUGAUGAAGAGGUGCUGGGACCAGGACCCCAAGCAAAGGCCCAGCUUUGCAGAUAUCCCUGUGGAGACCGACGUGCUGCUGGCUCUGAUCCAGAGCCUGGUGCAGGACCCGGAGAACGAGCGCCUGGUCAGGAAGAUGUCCCACAAACCGGCCAUCUCCAGGAGCCAGCAGGGUGACAAAGAGGAGUUCACCUUCCCCCGAGACACCAGGAGUGGGGGAAAGGACCCCCAGGAGGUUCCUGUCCCACCUCCACACGGGGAGGCUGGCACCCCUGAGGAGCUGUGCCCCGAGGAGCUGGGCAGGGUGCAGGAGAACGGCCUGACCCCGCUGCACCUGCAGGUGCUGCAGGGCCACGCGGCCAAGGUGCGCUCGCUGCUGGGCCGCGGGGCCGGCGCCAACGUCGCGGCGGGCGGCGGCUGCACCCCGCUGCUGCUGGCCGUGCAGCGCCGGCUCCCCGACAUCUGCGCCCUCCUCAUCCAGCACGGCGCCGACGUGGACGCGGCCGACGAGGACGGCUGGGGCCCGCUGCACUUCGCGGCCCAGCACGGCGACGACCGCACGGCGCGGCUGCUGCUGGACCACCGGGCCCGCGCCGACGCCCAGGAGCGCGACGGGUGGACCCCGCUGCACCUGGCGGCCCAGAACAACUUCGAGAACGUGGCGCGGGUGCUGCUGUCCCGCCAGGCCGACCCCAACGCGCAGGAGGUGGACGGCAAGACCGCCCUGCACGUGGCCGCGGGCUUCGGGCACGUGGGCCUGGUCAAGCUGCUGGCCAGCCAAGGGGCCGACCUGGAGAGGAAGCAGAAGAACCUCAGGACGCCGCUGCACGUGGCCGUGGAGAGGGGCAAGUUCAGGGUGGUGCAGUACCUGCUGAAGAACGGCAUCUCCGUCAACAGCCUGGACCAGAACCACUACAGCGCCCUGCACCUGGCCGUGGCCAGGGGCAAGUACCUGAUCUGCGAGAAACUCAUCAAGUACGGGGCCAACGUGGAGCUGAGGACGGACAAAGGCUGGACCCCCCUGCACCUGGCCUCCUUCAAGGGGCACAUCGAGAUCAUCCGGCUGCUGAAGGGCAGCCGCGCCCGGCUGGACGCCAAGGGCGGCAUGGACUGGACGCCGCUGCACCUGGCCACGCGCUACGGGGACGAGCCCGUGGUCAGCGAGCUGCUGCGCUGCGGGGCCGACCCCAACACGGCCGAGAGGUCCCGCUGGGCCCCCCUGCACUUCGCCGUGCUCAGGGGCUCCUUCCUCAGCGUCAUCAACCUCCUGGAGUGCCGCGCCGACGUCAACGCCAGGAACAAGGUGGGCCGGACCCCGCUGCACCUGGCCGUGCUCAAGGGCAACAUGGCCAUCGUCAAGACGCUGCUGAAGGCGGGGGCCCUGCUGGACGUGGAGGACAUCACGGGGUGCACGGCCCUGCAGCUGGCCGUGAGGCACCAGCGGGAGAGCAUCAUCACCCUGCUGCAGGGCAAGGAGGCCUCGGGCAGCAAAGCUGGCAACAGGCCUCUGAAUGAGGUGAAGAUCCCCAGGCUCAUCCCAGGAAGGACAGAUCUGUAAAUUCACCAGCUCUAAAAUCUGCAGCCUGAGCAUUCCCACAUUGGCUUUGAUGCCUCAAAACACCUUGUCCUGUCCCCUGCUGAUUGCAGGAAAAUAUUUGCCCUUUUUAAAUUGACGUUUUUAAGCGUGAACACUCAGAGAGUAAAAGAAAAUGAAGUCAUUUGAUGACAAGGUCUUUUCCAAGCUUGUAGAACAUUUUGGCUUGGUUAUACUCUAGGCAGUGCUUUCCUACCGAAUCCUUCCUGAGCAGGGAUUUAUGCACCCCCUGUUCAUGCAGGCAGUGCUGAAGCUGUGCACAGCACACACAGCUUUUAUUGCUUUCAUUCCAUGUUUUCCUACAGAGAAAAUUGGUGUAAAAUGGCCCUGGCACAGGUGGGAAUUGAAUCGUGAGAUUCUCACCUGCUGCUGGCACAGCAACGUGUCAGAUUUCCUGACAUCUCCUUUCUGUAACAAGAAUGAAAUAAAACAAGGCAGGGAGGAAAAAUCACUGCUAGAGAGUAUUGAAAUUGAUGCAGCACAGGGAACAGAAAUUCCAGAAUUAUCACACACGAGAUCUGGCUGCUUGCAGGUCAAGGCUUGAGUCGUGUCUCUGGGGGGAAAUAAUUCCUGGUUUCCUUCAGGAGGAUGUUCCAGCUCAAUCAGUCCUGUGAAAAACAUCUUCUUGUGGAUUUGAUUCGCUGGUGACAGUGAGAGCCCUGGUGUGCAGCUCUGACAGCCCUGCUGUGACUCCUGAGUCCCCAAACGUGCCUGCUGGGAGGGUGACUUGUCAUGGCCUUGAGCUGGGAAGAGGCUGAAAUAGAAACAAACAACCCCAGCUCUGCAGGGGAGCUGUUGUUGCCUGAUAACGUGAGAUUAAAUGGGUUAAAAAGAGGGGUUAAAAAGCCAAACCUCUGCUCAUGCAGUUUUCAUGUUAUAUUAACUUAAGGUAUUGAUGUGUAUUGCAUUCAAACCCAAUUUUUCACAAUGCUUUGACACCAGAGCCUUUAGAUAUCAUUUAAAAUAAAUUGUAAUGAAAUGAUUCAUUUUUAACAUUUGCCGUUGGUGAAGUGGGGAGCUGGGCAGGUUAUGAAAUGAAAUGCUGGUGACAUUUUGGGUUGCAGGGAGUGUAAAAAAUUGACUUUUUUAUUGCAACCACCAAACCCCCCCCCCCCCCGCAAAAUCUUGGCAUUUCCCUGAUUUACCUGCUCUUGAUAUUCCCUAAUUUUCCCCAAGGAGGAAAGGCCUGGCCGAAGGAAUUCUUGGGAUGCUCAGACGUUCCUGUGCAGCUCCUUCCCUCAGCUUCAGCUCUAUUGAUUCAGCAAAUGUCUCCCCUGCUUGGUGUCAUUUGAAAUAUUUACCCAGAAAAGAAGAAAUCCAAUUGCCACUUAAUUCAGCAGCUCCUUUCUGUCCCCGCUCCAGCAGAAAAACAAAACUCAGCUCGUAUGUCAUGGAAUGUUCUCUACAAGAGCUUAAUUAAAUUUAUAAUGAAAAUAACAGGGGAUUAAGAAGACAUGAGGGAAAUACAUUGCUCUUGCAGAGCAUUCCAGAGGUGAUAGAAGCAAUUUGCAGAGAAAAUUACCUGUUUGCUGCUCAGUUUCUAUAGAAAUUAAAUGAGUCUUUACAAACUCUGGAAAAGUGCAUUCCAGCCUCCGCUUUGUGACUGUGCAACUUGCAGUUUAUUUCUAAAAUUAUUCGUAGAUCUCCAUCCCCCCUCCCCUUUCUUUUUUUUUUCUUUUGCCUUUUUCAACUCCAUUUCAGUCUUUUGUCCCUGCUGAUAAAUCUGCUGCUGAUUAUCUCACGUUCUUACCCAAAGUUCACAGCCCAGGCAGGGCAUGGCAGCAGCAGCAGGGCAGAAACCUCCUAAACAGCUUGUUUAGAUUCCAAGAAAUAAAAAAAUGUUGUUAUGGCUCAAAAAUUAUGAUUUUGGGGUACCCAGAGCUGCCUGGUGAGCAGGGUGGUGUUCUAAUGUUGGCAGGGAGUUGUGGAAUGACUCUGACCAUCCCUGGGCUGCAGCAGCUCCUGACAUCCUGAACCACAGGGAGAUUUCCAAACCACAGGGAGAUUUCCAAACCAAUUGUUCUUCAAAUCCCUCACAGAAUCCCAGCAUGGUGUGGGGUGGUAAAGACAGAAAACCAGAGGGGGGAAAUUUAAGGUCCCUUCAAGCUGAUCUUGUUACAGCCCUGCUCCCUGCUGGAGUCACCUCGAGCUCUGUAAAUCCUGGGUGUGCUUGAGAGAAACAGCAGAUUUGUGUUUCCAAACCAGCUGUGGGGCUGCUGGUGGAUAAAACCAGCACUGGGAGAGAAAAGAAACAAUGGGAAGGAUUCCACCAGUUGAUGAAUGGAAAAAGAGAUUUGCUUUUACAAAUAAACUUCAAGUUUUCUGACAAACAAAAUUAGACAUUGAAAGAUGAAAGAAACAGGGGAAGAAAAACCCCUAAAUUCCAUAAGAAUUAAAAAUUAAAAGGGAGGGUUGUACAUUAGAGGGGAAUCUUUGGGAUCAGGUGUUCUGGGGAGUCUGAACCCCUCAAGUACCUCAGGAAUGGGGAAAGAGAGAAGGGAAAUGUGGCUGGAAAUUGGGAUAAAAAUGAGGCUGCACCCUCCAAAAAUUGGAGAGACCCCAGGGGAUGCCCCAUGGCCUCUCCCUUGAUUGGAAUGAAGCCAAAGGACUCCUCUGUCUCCUUUUUGCACACAAAUCCCUGGUGUUUGUGGGUUCAUUUUCCUGGCAGGCUGCCUGCACUCCCUCUGCAUCACCUCCAUCCUGGACACCUUUGGGAAAGGGAUGGGACUGUCAGGAGCCCGUGUUCCCCACGAGCAGCACGCCAAGAAACUCAGAGCAAAUCAAUCAGCAGAGCAGGGGAUGGUUUCACGGGGGGCUGGCACUGAUUUCCUAAGUGCUCUCUCAGUGCUGGAUCUGACUGUAAUAUCAAUCCUCUGAUGUAAAAUUCCUUUGAAGGGGAGAUGCUUGUUGUGAUGAAAACGUGGACGUUUCAGUGAGAAGUGUGGCUCUUCUGUGAGGGAAUGCUCACAGGAAAAUGCUUGGAAUUGAAUUUGGUUAAAUCCACGUUUUGCAUUGCUCCUGCUUCCCAGAGACUGUGAUUUGUUUGUUUGGCAGUGCUGCAAUUAUGCAGAUAUGGGAUUAAAUUAAAAUUAAAAUAAUGCUGCGUUUUAGAGGAAAAGAGAUCUGAAUAAAUACAGCUUGUGGGGGGGAAAAAAACCCUUAUUUUUAGCAGAAAUGCUUGUUUUUUUCCAUAGCCCCUUAGGUGUGGAAAAUCAAGAUGUUUCUGACAGCAGUGAUGUGAAUGUAGGAGGCAGUGAUUUUAAUGUAAGAAGGAAUAGUGAAUUCUCUGUGUUUCUUUCUCUUGCAAGGAGGUGGUUGUAGGCUCUGUGCUGUGGCAGACGUCAGUGUGAGACGUGCCUGGCUCUGCUCAGCCUCUCCCUGGCCUGGCAGCAUUCCUCUGCUCUGCUCCCUCCCCAGGCCAGCCAGCACUGCCCCGUGCCCUCCCAGCCCCAGGGAGGGGAUGCGAGAUCUCUGAAGGCAGGGCUUGGAGUCUGGGGUUCAUUGCAGAGGGCCUGGGUGCAGGGACCUUUUGGAAUUUGGGGUUCAUUGCAGAGGGUCUGGGUGCAGGGACCUUUUGGAAUUUGGGGUUCAUUGCAGAGGGUCUGGGUGCAGGGACCUUUUGGAGUUUGGGAUCAUUGCAAAGGGCCUGGGUGCAGGGACCUUUUGGAAUUUGGGGUUCAUUGCAAAGGGUGCAGGGACCUUUUGGAA